AUGACGUCUUUAUCCAAGACAGACACCGCACUUGAGCCCUCAGUCGAGACGGAAUCGACAACAGAGCAUACGACCAAGGGGCAAUCCACUACUAUACAGGCCUCGCUAACUCGUGGUAUUGAUCCCGAGUUGAUUGCUGCUGUCGAGCGGAUUUCCCCUGAGAGGCGAGUCGAGAUUGAGAAACGACUGAAGCGGAAAAUUGACUGCUUUCUGUUUCCGCUUCUCCUGAUAUUCUACAUUCUUAACUACAUAGAUCGAAAUGCCCUGGGUUUUGCCAAACUUGUUGGUAUCGAAAAGGACCUUGGCCUCACAGACACUGAAUUUGCAACAUGUCUAUCCAUCUUAUAUGUGGGCUACUGCUUGUUUCAAGUACCGUCCAACUUGAUGCUUUCCAAGUCAAAGCCUGCAUUGUAUCUUCCCUUCUGGAUGGGCAUCUGGGGCGUUGUUUCGGGCUGUGCAGCAGCAGUGCACAACUACCACGGCCUUGUGACUGUCCGCUUCGUCCUUGGUAUUGUAGAAGCUCCAUUCUUUCCCGGCGCCGUGUUCCUGUUGUCAUCUUGGUAUACGAGGAAGGAGAUGGCAAUGCGAUGCGCCAUCCUCUUUGGUGGUAACAUGUUAAGCAACGCUUUUGGAAGCCUAAUUGCCCUCGGUGUUACCCAGGACUUGGAUGGUGUACACGGGCUCGAGUCGUGGCGGUGGUUGUUCCUGAUCGAGGCAUGCAUGACGGUUGGCUUUGCCUUGAUCAGCGUCUUCUUGUUGCCAAACUAUCCACACAAUACGCGUUGGUUAAAAGGCGAAGAGCGAACGAUUGCAAUAUGGCGUCUGAUUGAGGAUGUCGGUACAGCUGAUGAUUCAGAGUCUUCGAAAUACUCCAUGUGGGAUGGUUUUGUAAUGGCCGUGAAGGAUUAUAAGACUUGGGUCCUGGUGGCAAACCAUCUUUUGCUAACGACUGGUGCGGGCAUUGUUGUCUUCUAUCCAACGGUAGUAGGCACAUUGAAAUUUUCGAGAGAAAUCACAUACGCCCUCAUCGCCCCUCCAUACUUAGUUGGCUUUGCUACAAGCGUAUAUGGCUGCCACCAUGCCGAUAUGAAAAAGGAGAGGACGUGGCACAUGGUUGGACCUCUGAUUGUGACAUUGAUUGGCCUCAUUAUUCUAGCUAGUACCCUGAAUACGGGUGCGAGAUACUUUUCACUCUUUCUUGUCACUUGCUUCGUUUACAUUGCGUUUGAUUGCAAUCUCGCGUGGAUCCAGAAUUGCAUUCCUCGUCCAGCUCCAAAGCGCGCCGCAGCGAUCGCACUCGUCAAUAUGCUUUCACAGCUUGGAAAUAUCAUCGUGAGCUAUUGCUACCCAAGUAACCAAAGCCCACGUUUCUGGCUGGCGAGUGUUGUAGAAGGUGUUGCUGUGCUUCUCGCCAUAUGUUUGACCUUGACGUUUAGGGAAAUUCUGAAGAGAGAGAACAAGAAGCUGGAUGAGAAAGAUCGUAGAGAGGGCGUUGACCCAACCGCAGGUAGCACUUUUAGAUACAUCUACUAG